AUCAUUUCCCUGCACACUAAAAACAAACAGCUCUCUCUCUCUCUUUCUCUCUCUCUCAUUUUUCUUGAAAUGAUCUUUCUCUCAUUCUAGAACAUAAGCUCUCUUUCUUUAUUUAUUUGCAUGGCUAUAAACACUAUAAUGAAAAAUAAAACUUAUAAUGUUGUCAAUAGUGAGGGGAGUGGCGGGGACGGAAAUUCUUCUAGUCCACCAUCGUCGCCACGGCGUCAGACAAGCGGCUUCUCUCAAUGUCGUCGGCGGCUCCGCUCGAAGGUUCAGUUGCAGUACUUUCGCAAAGACAGUUUGGCUGCCGGGAUUUUUGUACGGCGGAACAUACAGUUCCUCCUGCUCUUGUUCUUUCUCUACUUUUCUGGUUUGAUGAUGUGUGUAGGCCGGUUCUCGGAUUUCUUGCGUCACUCUCGUGAGCCUACUGCGAUCUAUAAAAGCCAUGUCUUGUUGGAGAAGCUUUGGCAUGAUAUCGAAACUGAUAAUUCUACUGCUCUCGAGUUAUCUUCUGUAUGGCAAUUCAAAAGGAGAAUGAAAGUGCAGAAACCUUGUCCCGUGUUAGCUACUAGACGGCGUUUGGGCUCAGUCGAAGGUAUGUCGUCUGGUCCCGCCGGGUACUUAAUCGUGGAGGCAAAUGGUGGUCUUAACCAACAGCGCUCUGCGAUCUGCAAUGCAGUUGCUGUAGCUGGAAUUUUGAAUGCAGUACUGGUCAUCCCCAGUUUUGGUUACAACAGUGUCUGGAAGGAUCCAAGUGAGUUCAGAGACAUAUAUGAUGAAGAUCAUUUUAUAGCCACACUUGAGGGUUAUGUGAAAGUGGUUAAAGAGUUGCCUGAUGAGUUGAUAUCAAAAUAUGACCACAAUAUUACUAAUAUUCCACACCUCCGUGUUGAAGCAUGGGCUCCUGCUAAACAUUAUUUAGGAGAAGUUUAUCCUGUCCUGCAAGAGCAAGGGGUCAUCCGCAUUGCACCCUUUGCCAAUAGAUUGGCAAUGAAUGUCCCAUCUCACAUUCAAUUGCUUAGGUGCAUAACAAAUUACAGAGCAUUGAGGUUCUCUGCUCCUAUAACAACCCUAGCACAGAAAUUGGUAAACCGAAUGAUUGAAAGGAGCUCAAUGACUGGUGGAAAAUAUGUGUCCAUUCACCUUCGAUUUGAGGAGGACAUGGUGGCCUUCUCGUGCUGUUUGUAUGAUGGAGGGGAUGCUGAAAAGUCUGAAAUGCAUUCAUUUCGGGAAAAAGGGUGGAAGGGGAAGUUCAAAAGAAAAGAUCUCGACUUCGUAGCUGGUCGUAAUCGUAUAGAUGGAAAAUGCCCUCUAACACCCUUGGAGGUUGGGAUGAUGCUGCGUGGCAUGGGGUUUGGUAGCCACACUUCAAUUUAUUUAGCCUCAGGGAAAAUUUACAAAGGAGAACAACAUUUAGCUCCUUUAUUGAAGAUGUUUCCCCUUCUUUACACCAAGGAGUCACUUGCAACCUCUGACGAGCUUGCGCCGUUUCAGGGCUACUCUUCGAGGCUGGCAGCUUUGGACUACACUGUAUGCUUGUUCAGUGAGGUUUUUGUGACAUCUCACGGUGGAAACUUUCCACAUUUUCUGAUGGGUCACCGUAGAUUUCUUUUUAAUGGGCAUGCAAAGACCAUAAGGCCUGAUAAACGCAUCCUUGUUGGUCUACUAGAGAACAUGACAAUCAGCUGGAAGGACUUUAAGGAUGACAUGGAAGCGAUGCUCCUUGAAAGUGAUCGCAAGGGAAUGAUGAUUCCAAGAGUCAGAAAAUUCAACAGAAAGAAUUCGAUCUACGCGUUCCCGUUGCCAGAAUGUGACUGUCUCCAAUCACAUGACUCGCGCGGGAUAAACCAUACUCUUAAUGUUCUUGAUCCUCAACUUGAGCCCACAAGAGGAAGAAUUCCAGUCUCAGAUUAGCUCUCAUCUCAUGUAUAAUAAUCCAUCGAUGCUUUUAUAGUAUAUGCAGCUUCAGCGGUCUUCCAGCAGUUCUGCCCGUUCUCGUGGAUUGUUACAUUUUUCAUGUGGAGAGAUGUGUGGAUUCCGAUUUUUUCAAUCGAGGAAUUCUUUUCGAUGUAAAUUAAAGUUUUGUAAAUAUAUUUCAGACUUGUCAUCACAAAAGA